GAAGUGGAGCGCAUGGCAAACGAACGCAAUCGUGCCCUCCGGUAUCGGGAGAUAGCAGGGCCAGCCUACAAGCUCCUCUUCGAGACAGUGGUGGCGUCAGUACUUGGACCUACACUGAUCUUUGUUUUAGUUUAUCUCGGCUCAUCUUGUGAUGGUCACGGCAUGGACAGGCCUGUCCCAUACUGGAUUUGGCUCUGCGCCUUGCCAUUCGCUGUGCUCCACUUUGUGCAAGAGGUUCGCAUCUUUCGCUACACGGUGGUGCCGUACUUUCAGGUCGUCGGCCGGUUCCAGAUGCUGCGAGUGGCUCUGGGCCCCGAGCUAUGGAUUACACUGAACGCCAUGAAGUCUCUGGCAUUUCAGGGGGCCGUCUUCUCCAAUGCUGUUUUCGCGGCGCGGACAUUUGCAACCUCGCAUUGUAGCAUACCUUAUCAUGGGUACAAUCUGAGCGGGGACCCCUUCAAGACAGAGACCAGCUUUGAUGAAAUCUGGCAAAUUACUCUGCGGCAGUCCAGCUUCGUGUUCUUCAUGCGCGACGUCCCUCUCUCAGCUCAGGUACUGUUUUUUUGGUUGCUGUCCUUUGCACCUCUGGUUCAUGCAAUCCUGGAGUCGCUGCCAGGCGACCAGUGGGUAUGGGACCUGGACUUCACGCUUGAUGUUGACAAGGCCAACGGGCAAGCCUCGAACCACGCGGCAGCUGACAACUCUGGUGAAUAUCAGAACGUCUUGGGCGGGACUUUCACCAUUGGGGACUCUGUCAUGAUGCUGGCUAGCGGCCUUGGGAUGUAUCUCAUAGACGAGCAGAGCCCCUCCUAUCCUCGGACCAAAACAUACCGAAUGCUGGACCAGCUCUUGCACUGCCUGAAGCAAGAUAGCGAGAUGGGCGAAGAAAAGUCAGUGAAUUCCUCGCAGGAAGCCCUGAACAACAUGCGCCAGCCCCUGGAGAUCUAUACGAGAAAUGCCCUAACCCGAUGCUUCCUGAAGGUUAUCACUCUGGGCCUCUUCAACAGCGCGUUGCAGAUCCAUGUUCAGAUUUCAGUCUAUGCCAUGUUUAGGGCCACCAGCCAGAACAAGGCUGUCGAUAUGCAGCGACUGGUUUCCAUUGGGCUCAGCCUGGGCAGUGCCUUGUUCUUGCUAAUCAAUGUGGAGAAGGUGCUCUUCUACGCGCACACAGCCAUACAGAAAGUGGAAGACGUUAUGGCGCACAUUAACGAAUCCGCUAUGCCCGUGACUUGGAAGGAUUUGAAGAACUACUUUGCCUGGAGGUCCGCAGAAAUGCAGGUUAUCCGCUACCGAAGCUAUGUGCGCUACUCGGCCGUGGCCUUUGUGUUCUGCAUCGGCCUGGCAAUCUGUAAGCUUUGUAUGGUUUUCCGUUGCCCUGACUCUUUGUGGAAUCUUGGUUCACAGCAUGCCUGCGUGGAUCUGGCCUCUGUGUUGGUGCGGACGGCCCCCUAA